AUUUUCGAGCUAUCGAAUGCAUAACCUUUCAGAAGUGUGGCUCGUGCAACUUCAUGAGGAUCAUUUGGUGGUAACAAUUUAGUAACGAUGAUUACUUCACGAGGAUUGAACUUAUUAAAAAUUGUAUAUAGAAGUAAUCAAAGUAAAAUCGGCAUAAAUGCGGCGACGAAUCUUCGUCCCGUUAGAUUGUCUCAUGGUCAUGGAGUAUAUCGUGAUAUCCCACCAGAAGACAAGACAUGGGUAUAUGCAGCUGAAGUUAUGGGAGGAAUUAUGUGGUGGUGGAUAUUAUGGCAUUUCUGGCAUGAUUUUGGGCACAUUGUUGGAGAAUUUCCAUAUCCAGAUCCAUCCCAAUGGACAGAUGAAGAAUUAGGAAUACCUCCUGAUGAUUAUUCUGAACCUGCAGUUCGUACAUUAUAGAUAAUUCUACAACAAUGUUAUGUGAAGCAAUAGCUGCGCCAGCAGUUGAACCGUAACCUGGAAUGACAUUUACGACACCCGCUGGAAAUCCUGCCUCCUUAGCCAGCGCUGCUGCGUAAAGAGCAGUCAAAGGUGUUUGUUCCGCUGGCUUUAAGAUCAAAGUGCAUCCAGUAGCCAAUGCAGGACCCCAUUUCCAAACUAGCAUCAAGAAGGGAUAAUUCCAAGGGAUAAUUUGUCCCACAACGCCAACUGGCUCUUUUCGUGUUAAUGUAACAUUGGUGUCGCCUAGUCGAAUAAUAAAUAGAAUUACGAAUCGUUA